AGAGUUGCCGCGCAAGGUUCGUCCGUCAAAGAAGGGAAAGAGGAAUUGUACGUUGCAUUCUGCCGGCCGCGGCAAUGCUCGCAGUUGUAGUCGUCGUCGUUGCCGUGCUGCUGCCGCUCGCCGCGGCGCAGCAGACCAUGCAGUUCUCGUCAUGCGCCAGCGGCGCCUACGCGGCGAACAGCACGUACGAGGCGAACCUCGCCGUCCUCGCGGCGGCGCUCCCGGGCAACGCGUCCACCGCGGCGGCGGCCGGCUACGCCACGGCCACCGUCGGCGCGGUGCCCGACCAGGUGUCCGCGCUGGCGCUGUGCCGCGGCGACGCGAACGCCACGGCGUGCCGCGCGUGCGUCGCGGCGUCGUUCCGCGUCGCGCGGCGGGACUGCCCCAGCAGCAAGGACGCCACCACCUACCAGGACGGCUGCAUCGUCCGCUUCUCCGACCAGCGGUUCCUCGACUUCGUCGGCGUGAACUCGCCGGUCAGCGAGCUCUACUCCGACGCCGACAGCAACAUCACGGCCGUCCCGGUGGCCUGGUUCAACGCCGCCGUCGUCGCGCUGAUGAACGCGACGGUGGACACGGCCGUGGCCGCCGGCAGCGGCAGCAACAACACCAAGAAGUACUUCGCCACGGCGGUGGAGGACUUCGACCCGAAGCACUACCCGAAGAUUUACGGGAUGGCGCAGUGCGCGCCGGUGAUGACGGCGGCGCAGUGCCGGAGCUGCCUCGGCGGCUUCGUCUCGUCGAUCCCAUGGUUCUUGAACGGGAAGCCCGGAGGGAGAGUUCUUGGGAUUUGGUGCAACCUGAGGUACAGCGUGAAGCCGUUCUAUCAGGGCCAGCCAAUGCUGCAGAUUUCUGCGCCGCCGGAGCCACCGCCGCCGGCCAUGCCUUCACUUGCUGCUCCGCCGACUAGAACAGCGAGGAGAAGGAGAGUUGCAGGGAUCUCUGCAGGCGUCGCUUGCUUCGUUGUCUUGAUGUUGAUACUGUCAGCUUAUGCUUUCAUUCGUUUCAAGAGAAAGAAGGCUGCAAAGAAAGACAACUUAUUGAAGAAAAUGGCAAGAGGAAAAUGCACGAUCUUUGAUUUGGCUACACUGAAAGAGGCAACUGAGAACUUCUCAGAGAAGCAUAAGCUUGGAGAAGGCGGAUUUGGUACUGUAUAUAAGGGAAAAUUACCAGACGGCCAAGAAAUAGCAGUAAAGAAGCUCAUAGAAAGUUGUGGGCAUGGACUGAAUCAGCUACACAAUGAAGUGCUGGUGUUGGCAGAGCUUCAGCACAAGAACCUUGUUAGGCUACAGGGGUUUUGCGUCCAUAAGGAUGAGAUGUUGCUUGUUUAUGAAUACAUAAAAAAUGGGAGCCUCGACAACUUUUUAUUUGCACAUGCUAGUAGAGGAAAUGCACUAAGUUGGGACCAACAGUACAACAUCAUUUUUGGAAUUGCCAAGGGAAUAAUGUACCUUCACGAGGACUCAAGCAUAAGGAUCAUCCACAGAGACCUUAAAGCUAACAAUAUUCUGCUUGAUGAGGAUAUGGAUCCAAAAAUUGCAGACUUUGGACUAGCAAGACUGAUAGGAGGAGGUCAUACUCACACAAAGACAACUAGAAUUGUUGGAACAUACGGAUAUAUGGCACCAGAGUAUGCAAUACAUGGAAAUGUGUCACCAAAGAUUGACAUUUUCAGCUUUGGCGUGCUGGUACUUGAAAUUGUAACCAAGAGAAAGAACUGCAGCUAUGGCGAUGGCACCACUGACACAGUGAAUCUCCUAAGUGAUGUAUGGAGUUACUGGACCGAAGGUGUGAUUUCACAGGUAAUUGACCAAUCACUUGAAGGGCACUUUCGAAACCAGGCGCUAAGAUGCAUCCACAUUGGGCUGCUGUGUGUCCAAUCAGAUCCUGACGACAGGCCGGACAUUCCAUCAGUCAUUUUCAUGCUGACCAGGGAUAACAUGGAGCUUCAGCCACCAACAGAGCCUGCAUUCUUCUUCAACGGAAACUCGAACUCAGCUUCUCAAACAUCUGACCAGCGCGUCUAUGUGUACGAUCGGUCUGGUAAGAUCUAUGAAGAGGAUAUCUCUGCGAAUGGGAUCACACUUACUGACAUAUAUCCUAGAUAACCCUUUUAGUUUUUAGUUUUUCAUAGAUAAGUGAAAUGUGUAUGCAUCUAAAGUGAUCAAAGGCGAACUUCGCUAGUGUUUGGUCCUUGAAUUCGAAGUCAGAUGCAGAUAUUCUGCCUAUUGAGGUAACAUUGUAAUUUUAUAUGGUCAGUUAUCUCAUCUUAUUUGCAGACUCGAGCUAUUA